AUGUCGAGCCAAAUCGAGGAAAGUGAAUUGCCAGGCAACGCUACACUCAGUAAAGAAAAGACAAACAUGUCGUACUCCUACAACAACAGACGCGGAUGGAGGCGAUGGAGGAUCUUCCAUCCCGGUAGGGGAAUGUACCACGAUAUCAAACGAAGACUUCCCUACUACCCAAGCGAUAUCACCGACGCCUUCACCUACAGAACCGUCGCCAGUACAGUCCGAAUGUACUUUGUCAAUCUUCUGCCCGCUAUAGCCUACACUCUCGACAUGUAUCGCCGAACAGGCCAAUUCUACGGCAUCAACGAAGCUCUGUUCUCUUCCGCCAUGGCAGCCAUUGUCUUCAGCCUAUUAAGUGCUCAGCCUCUCACCAUCGUCGGCGUCACUGGUCUUAUCUCGUUAUUCAACUUUACCAUCUACGACAUUAUCAGCAUGUACGAUGUUUCCAUCUACCCACAGUUCAUGGCUUGGACGGGUAUCUGGGCUGCAAUAUUUCACUGGCUAGCUGCCAUCUUCAACACGUGCGAUUACAUGCGCUACGUGACGGACUUUUCUAGCGAGUCGUUUGGCAUGUAUGUUGGCAUUAUAUAUAUCAUCAAGGGCGUCGAAGAGCUUGUCAAUGAGUUUGACAAAGGCGGUCAGGGACCAGGGUACUUAGCCUGUCUGAUUGCCAUUCUCUACUUUGGCACUGUCUACGGUCUUGAGAAAAUAGGCUCGAGCACGAUCUGGAAGCCAAGUGUUCGCACAUUACUCGCAGACUAUGCUUAUGUGAACGUCAGUAGCAUCACGGCACAGGCUCGACAGUAUCCCCUCAAGAAGCCCGGUGGAUUCCACUGGGACUUUUUCCUUCUGGGUUGUACAACUUUUCUGUCUGGUAUUCUUGGCCUACCAAUGCCCAAUGGCCUUGUUCCGCAGGCACCUGUUCAUACCGACUCUUUGACUGUCUACGAAACUGAUCUUGAGAUCAUUCCCACGUCUGGAGGGGAGGAUCGGGAAAUACGCCGUCCCAUUGUGCGAGCCACGGCGGUAGUUGAACAGCGUGUGUCACACUUCUUGAUGGGCUUAGGGUUGGUAGGAACCAUGACAGGACCUCUCCUCGUUGUCCUGCAUCUCAUGCCAGCCGCAGUAUUUGCUGGUGUCUUUUUUGUUGUUGGAUGGGGUUCCAUCGAAUCGAAUGGCAUACUCCAGAAGUUUAUCUAUCUCCAAUCAGAGCAACGCUUUAUUCAACGCGACGAACCCAUCAUUCUAGUACGCCGACGAAAGGUAUCUCUUUAUAUCGCAUUGCAAUUCAUCGGUGUGGCAGCCUGCGUCGCCAUAUCGCAUACGAUUGCAGCGAUAGGAUUUCCGGUUCUCAUUAUUCUCAUGAUUCCUCUUCGUAUUCUUGUCGUUCCACGAUGGUUCACACUAAAAGAGCUCCAGAUUCUGGAUGACUUCACGGCGACUAACAAGACCGUGUUGGCCAGUCUAGGUGGAAAGCCAAUCCUGCCAGAGGACUCGAAGGUUGAGGAUUGGGGCCUAGAGAGGCGAGAGAGUGAGGCUCGACACGGAGUGCCUCGCCAACGUGCUGGAAGUCUCCACCGAUAA